GCCGCCAAACAAGCAAGCUUCGGUUUUCCAUUUCUGGGUCUCAAAUAUAUAUUCUUUAAAUAUAUACGUCCGUCUCUUCCGCCCGUCUCUGACCUAAGCCCUCUCUUGCCAACGUACCAGUAAAUUAAAUCAGGUAUCGCCGCUAUUUUCCGUCACACUACUAUUUGCGGCCGCGAGCCGCUGCUAUUGGUUUGAAAUUUGUUCAAACCGCAUUUGAGGUCUAUAGAGAUAGCAGCCGCAACACCACUAUUUGGAACCCUAAGUUACAAUCUCAAGUAGCUGCGUGAUUUUGCAAGCUAGAUCACCAACGUUCAUGUCAGGCAAUUCAAAUUCCGGAGGAGGGGGAGGUAACCCUUUGAAGACUUGGGUCUCUGAUAGGUUGAUAUCAUUGCUGGGAUUUUCCCAGCCCACACUUGUUGAAUAUACCAUUGGGCUAGCUAAGCAAGCAGCAUCACCUGCUGAUGUACUUGGCAAGCUUGAAGAAUAUGGCUUGCCAUCAUCUAAUGAUGUUCGAUUAUUUGCCGAAGAAAUCUUUGGUAAAGUUCCUCGCAAAGCCUCCCGUGAAAAUUUUUAUCAGAAACAAGAAAGGGAAGCUGCUGUUUUCGCUAGGAAGCAAAAGGCCUAUGCACUUUUAGAUGCCGAUGAUGAAGAAGAAGCAGCUGGUGCCAAUACCAGUGUUCAUCGCCUGUCUUCCAAUGAGCCUGCUUCCGAGACCAGAAAAGGUGAUAAGCAUAAGAAAAGAUUCAGAAAGAAGAAUGAAAGUGAACAAGAUGAAGAUGAGGAGGAGGUCAUACAUGUGGAUGAAAAGAAAAGAGUUAAAAGACAAGCCGAGGAUGAUGGUUCAGAGUCAGAGGAGGAAAGAUUGCGUGACCAAAGAGAGAGGGAGGAUUUGGAGAGACAUAUAAGGGAACGUGAUGCUGCAGCAACUAGGAAGUUAAUGGAGCCAAAGCUUUCACGAAAGGAGGAAGAGGAGGCUAUACGAAGAUCUCAAGCUUUGGAGCAAGAUGACAUCAAUAGUUUAAGGAAAGUUUCAAGACAAGAGUAUUUGAAAAAGAGGGAGCAAAAAAAGCUUGAGGAGCUUAGGGAUGAUAUAGAAGAUGAGCAAUACCUUUUUGAUGGUGUAAAGCUUAGUGAAGCAGAAUAUCGUGAGUUACAGUAUAAGAAAGAAAUAUACGAGCUUGUGAAGAAGCGGACAGAAGAGGAUGAUGAUAUUGGUGAGUAUAAAAUGCCAGAAGCUUAUGAUCAAGAAGGGAUUGUUGACCAGGAUAAGAGAUUUUCAGUGGCUCUUCAGCGUUAUAGAGACCCUACUGCUGGGGAUAAAAUGAAUCCAUUUGCAGAACAAGAGGCCUGGGAAGACCAUCAAAUUGGCAAGGCCACAUUGAAAUUUGGGUCAAAAAAUAAAAAGCAAACUACUGAUGAUUAUCAGUUUGUGUUUGAGGACCAGAUUGAGUUUAUUAAGGCAUCAGUUAUGGAUGGUGACAAGUUUGAUAAUGAGAUGUCAACUGACUCACCUGAAACAACCAAGGCAAAAUCUGAACUGGAGAAACUACAGGAGGACCGGAAAACUUUGCCAAUUUAUCCAUAUCGAGAUGAUCUACUUAAAGCUGUUGAAGAAUAUCAGGUUCUUGUUAUUGUAGGAGAAACUGGUUCAGGAAAGACCACACAGAUACCACAAUAUCUUCAUGAAGCUGGUUAUACCAAACGUGGGAAGGUUGGUUGUACACAGCCUAGACGAGUUGCUGCUAUGAGUGUUGCUGCUCGAGUUUCUCAAGAAAUGGGUGUCAAACUUGGCCAUGAGGUUGGUUAUUCUAUUCGUUUCGAAGAUUGCACUUCAGAAAAGACUGUAUUAAAAUAUAUGACAGAUGGUAUGCUGUUGCGAGAGUUGCUUGGUGAACCUGAUCUUGCAAGCUACAGUGUGAUAAUGGUGGAUGAGGCUCAUGAAAGAACGGUAUCAACUGAUAUUCUUUUCGGAUUGGUGAAGGAUAUAGCACGAUUUAGAAAAGAUAUCAAAUUACUUAUUUCAAGUGCAACACUUGAUGCGGAGAAGUUCAGUGAUUUUUUUGAUUCUGCUCCAAUUUUCAAAAUUCCUGGUAGACGUUAUCCUGUUGAGGUACACUACACAAAAGCACCAGAAGCUGAUUACCUGGAUGCUGCAAUUGUUACCGUACUUCAAAUUCAUGUGACACAGUCACCUGGAGAUAUUUUGGUUUUUCUCACUGGUCAAGAAGAAAUUGAGACAGCAGAAGAAAUUUUGAAGCAUAGGGUAAGAGGCUUUGGGACAAAAAUUGCGGAACUUAUUAUCUGCCCAAUAUAUGCCAACCUUCCAACUGAGCUUCAAGCCAAAAUAUUUGAACCUACUCCUAUUGGUGCACGGAAGGUAGUCCUGGCAACAAAUAUCGCAGAAACAUCAUUAACAAUUGAUGGUAUUAAGUAUGUCAUUGAUCCAGGUUUCUGCAAGAUGAAAUCUUAUAAUCCGAGGACUGGGAUGGAGUCUUUGCUGGUAACUCCUAUCUCUAAAGCUUCAGCUAAUCAACGCGCUGGUCGCUCUGGGCGAACAGGUCCAGGAAAGUGUUUUCGGUUGUACACUGCCUACAAUUAUUAUACUGAAUUGGAUGACAAUACUCCUCCUGAGAUACAACGAACCAAUCUUGCCAGUGUUGUUCUUUCUUUGAAGAGUCUUGGAAUUCAUGAUUUGCUAAAUUUUGAUUUUAUGGAUCCACCGCCAGCUGAGGCUCUACUGAAAGCUUUGGAACUUUUGUUUGCAUUGAGCGCAUUAAAUAAACUUGGAGAGUUGACUAAAGUUGGUAGACGAAUGGCGGAGUUCCCUCUUGAUCCAAUGCUAUCCAAAAUGAUAGUUGCUUCCGACAAGUACAACUGUUCAGAUGAGGUUAUUUCUAUUGCUGCUAUGCUUUCGGUGGGGAAUUCGAUCUUUUACCGUCCAAAGGACAAACAAGUUCACGCUGAUAAUGCAAGGAUGAAUUUUCAUACUGGCAAUGUUGGUGAUCAUAUCGCUUUAAUGAAGGUUUACAAUUCCUGGAGGGAAACAAAUUUCUCAACACAGUGGUGUUACGAAAAUUAUAUUCAGGUCAGGAGCAUGAAGCGUGCAAGAGACAUUAGAGAUCAAUUAGAGGGUCUUCUGGAGAGAGUUGAAAUCGAAUUGACAUCCUGUCCUAAUGAUUUAGAGGCUAUAAAGAAGGCAAUUACAUCUGGAUUUUUCCCUCAUUCGGCAAGGUUACAGAAAAAUGGUUCUUACCGUACUGUUAAGCAUCCACAGACUGUUUAUAUACAUCCAAGCUCAGGGUUGGCACAGGUGCUCCCGAGAUGGGUGGUAUACCAUGAAUUGGUUCUUACCACCAAAGAAUACAUGAGACAAGUAACUGAGCUGAAACCGGAAUGGUUGGUGGAAAUAGCCCCACAUUACUACCAGAUGAAGGACGUCGAAGAUGCUGGAUCAAAGAAAAUGCCGAAGGGACAGGGGCGAGCAGCAGAGCAACCACCUGCUUCUGGUAAGGUGUAGACGGUCGUGAUUGCAUUUGGCAUAGAAAAGAAACAUUGGAAAGUGGCUUGUUUUGGGACACAAGUGCUUCAGCAACCAUUGUAAAUACAAUUUUGUAGGUAUUAAUCUGACCACUGUAUCUGUAAAGCACUUGGCAUAUGAUUCUGUUGUAGCAUAAUUGAUAUCAUGUUGCAUCAUUAUUAAGCUCGUCCUGGUUAAAAACUGAUUAAUCUGAUGUAGAUCAAAAUAAUCUAUUUUCAUCAAAAUUUGUUGUCUGUUUUCUAGUUUGUUGUAGAAAUUACAAUUUCUUAUUAUUUUAAAGAAUUUCCUUUAUUCA